UGUGUUGAAGGAAAGGGGCAUUGACACUUCACACAAAACAUUAAUGCUUAAAGCUUAUGUAGCUGCUAUGUAUGAACUGUCUUUUGCAUCUCAUUAGCCAUCGCCAGUUCACAAUUUAUAUUAUAAUCCAUACCUGCAUUUUAUUUUAUUUUAUUUGUUUAUAGUUAUUUUUUUUAUUUUUUUUUAAUAACAAAAAAAAAAAUGACUUCAAAAAUGAGAUGUUGCUCCUGGGAUGUAAGCCUGAAGGUUCUCUUAUUAUCUUUGCUGCUACCGAUGUGCACCUGUAAGACAAUGCGUUACAGGACUUAUGAAGAAGAUGAACCUGGCACUGUUAUUGGGACUUUAGCAGAAGACAUGCACCUUAACAUACCUGGAGAGGGGAGAUUUCGUCUGAUGAAGCAGUUUAACAAUUCUCUCAUCCAUGUUCGGGAGAGCGAUGGGCAGCUGAGCAUCGGGGAGAGGAUAGAUCGGGAGCAGAUUUGCAAACAGACUCUUAACUGUAUACUGGCUUUGGAUGUGGUCAGUUUCUCCAAGGAGCAAUUCAAACUCAUCCAUGUAGAGGUGGAGGUGAGGGACAUUAACGAUAACAGCCCCCAGUUCCCCAGCGAUGAGAUACCUGUGGAGGUGUCUGAAAGUGCUGCUGUAGGUACCAGGAUCCCCCUGGACAUAGCUAUUGAUGAGGACGUUGGGUCAAACUCCAUCCAGAGCUUCCAGAUCUCAGUUAAUAGUCACUUUAGCCUUGAUGUCCAGACCAGGGCUGAUGGGGUGAAAUACGCAGACCUGGUGCUGAUGAAAGAGCUGGACCGGGAAAGCCAGUCCUCCUACACCCUGGAGCUGGUGGCCAUGGAUGGAGGAAGCCCAUCUCGCUCAGGCAGCGCUGUGGUCAGUGUCCGGGUGAUGGACUUCAAUGAUAACAGUCCAACGUUCGAGAGGAGCUCGGUCACUGUGGAGCUCAUGGAGGACUCUCCCCUAGGGUACCUCCUGCUGGACCUCAAUGCUGUUGAUCCAGAUGAAGGUGUGAAUGGAGAGAUUGUCUAUGGAUUUAGUCCCCAGGUGUCUCAGGAGGUUCGACAACUCUUCAAGAUCGACCCCAAAUCCGGUCGCUUAACUCUUGAAGGUCAGGUUGACUUUGAGACCAAACAAACCUACGAGUUUGAUGUCCAGGCUCAGGAUAUCAGCCCGAACCCUUUAACAGCCACCUGCAAAGUCGUCGUCCAUAUUAUAGAUGUGAAUGACAAUGCCCCAGCUAUCAGCAUCACCCCCCUGACCUCCAUCAGCUCGGGAGUCGCCUAUAUCACCGAGGCAGCGGCUAAGGACAGCUUUGUAGCUCUGAUCAGCACCACGGACAGAGACUCCGGUCCGAAUGGACAGGUCCAUUGCACUCUGUACGGCCACGAUCAUUUCAAGCUCCAGCAAGCCUAUGAGGACAGCUUCAUGAUAGUCACUACCUCACCAUUAGAUCGGGAAAAGAUUGCCGAGUACAACCUGACUGUGGUGGCUGAAGACCUGGGUUCUCCUCCUUUUAAAACCAUUAAGCAGUACACCAUCCGGGUGAGUGAUGAGAAUGACAAUGCCCCUGUGUUUGCCAAACCUGUCUAUGAAGUAUCUGUUUUAGAAAAUAAUGCUCCUGGUGCCUAUAUCACUACAGUGGUCGCCAGAGACCCCGAUCUUGGUCACAAUGGAAAAGUCAUUUAUAGACUGGUGGACACAGAGAUCAUGGGGGCUCCUAUUUCCACUUACGUGUCUCUGGACCCUGCCACGGGGUCCAUCUAUGCCCUGAGGACAUUUAAUUAUGAGAUCCUCAAACAACUGGACUUAAGGAUCCAGGCAAGUGAUGGUGGGUCUCCACAGCUCACCAGCAGUGCCAACAUCAAGGUGAAGAUCGUUGACCAAAACGACAACGCACCUGCUAUUGUCCACCCAGUGUUGUCCAAUGGAUCUGCAGAAGUUGGGAUACCUGCUAGAGCUCCACAUGGCUACCUGGUCACGCAGAUUAAAGCCAAGGACGCCGAUGAAGGGGUUAACUCUGAACUUAUGUUUAGCCUUUCAGAGGAAGGGGCGCCUAUCUUCACCUUGAACAAAGUAACCGGGGAGAUCUUCCUUACUGCUGACCUCAGCGGGGAACUGGGUCAGGUCUUUAGAACCUUGGUAACGGUCACCGACAGUGGCCGGCCAUCCCUUUCCACCACAGCCACGAUCAGAUUCCUAGUCACAGGGGCGACCCCUCCAGUGAACCACGAGGUCAUGCAGCCGAGUCCUUGGGAGGAGAAUGUUUCCCACUGGGAUAUCCCUUUAAUCGUUAUCAUUGUCCUGGCUGGGAGUUGUACCUUGCUCCUAGCGGCCAUCGUCACCAUUGCAACCACAUGCAACAAACGCAGGAAAGAAAUGAAGGCUGAUGCCAAGAACCCCAGAGACAUCUCAGAGCUGGAGAAAGGCGAGCAGGAUGAUGAAGAACUGAUAGACAACCAGAAUGGAAACCUAUUUGAUGCCAGACCAUUUCCCAACGCCACCCAGCCCUUCACUGGGAAUGAGACAGCAGUCACCCCAGAGGUGGUGGCCAGCACUGAAGAAAGCUUUGGGGCUUGUCUGUAUGACUCUCAGAAGAGGCUGAGGACAACUAAUAACGAGGGCUAUGCCCAGGCUCCUGGGUACGGGAAGGAAGCAGGAACCACGGUGACAGUCUGGAAAGGACAUUCAUUCAACACCAUCUCCAUCCGGGAAGCGGAGAAAUUCAGUGGGAAAGACAGUGGCAAGGGAGACAGUGACUUCAAUGACAGCGAUUCAGAUAUCAGCGGGGACGCACUCAAGAAAGAUCUCAUUAACCACAUGCAGACUGGAUUAUGGGCUUGUACGACUGAGUGCAAGAUUCUAGGUCAUUCGGAUCGUUGCUGGAGUCCAUCCUGUGGUAGACCCCCAAACGUCCAUCCCCCCACUAUGCAUACAGGGCAUGGGCAACUCUCAGUUUCCAGUUUUUGUAAAAGCACAUCUCUUCCCCGUGACCCUCUCCACAGAGAUAAUUAUUAUCAAUCUUCUCCAGCGCAAGCACAUCUCGCAAAAACUGGUGCCUUGCCGAGUGUCUAUGAAAAAGUAGUGCCGAAAGACUAUGAAAGUCGGACAAUAAAUCUAAUAUCUCCCCCACGGUCUGGAAGACUUCCUGACCUCCAAGAAAUCACAAUGCCCCUUUAUAAAUCUCCUGGCUCAAAAAGAUACGCUGCCCCAAGUGACAGUGCAUGUGAGCAAGAUGAACUUUGAGCCAGUACAAAUGAACUUUACAAGUGAUAUUGAGGCCCACCUAGACUUUUUUUUAUUGGGCUGUAUAUCAAAAUUAUUUAUAAGUUAUUGAUCACGCAUCAGGAUUCUAAAUCAAGGUACACAAGAAGGUCUAAAUAUGUCACAUUUGAAAUAACCACAGUCAAAUUUAAGAAAGUCUUCCAGGCCCAAACAGUUCAAGCAACGUUAAUUGGUCGUCAACAGGACAUCCUCUGCCAUUUUCCUCUCCUCUGAUUUGCACUCAGGAGAAUAAUCAAGGGUGUUUGGUGAAGUUGACCUUGCACAGAUGCAAAACUGGAACAAAAACUGUGCUGCUUAACAAAAAUGAAACAAACAUAUAUUUAUUUGUAUUUUAUUAUCUGGGAUAUUAUUUUGGCAAAUCUGGUAUAGACCACUUUUUCCCAUUUUCAGACGAACACCUUGAUACAUAUCAACUUUUAUAAAACCCCAAUUUACCAACUGAACUAACAAAGAGGGUCAAGACAUAAGUUAGGGAGAUCUAAAAAUAGGUUGAUUAAUCAUUAAACCCAAAUGUAAAGAAUUCAAUGAAUUUUUAGUCCAACGAUGAAUAUUAAUCUAUUUAUAACUGUGUAUGCAUAUGAUAUAUAUGACACACCUAUUUAUAUACAUAACAGAAAUGCACCUACACACACAGCAAAAUAUACAGAUUUUAUUGUAUACAAACACGGACAUUGACAAUGGGAGGAAUCUAUCCGUGGUUUACUCUGGCAUUGUACCAAACUGUAGUUAAACAUUUUUAAAUGUGUAUUAUUUUCUAAAAAAAAAUAACAACGUGCAAACCAGGAGUAAUGUCUGCUUUGUGGCAAAGUGUCGAUAAAUCCCCCCCAAUGUGCCUUAAAUGAAAUUAAAUGGUAGGAUUACAUUCCUGUCAGGUCAAAACCAUUUGAUAUUUGCAAACAGAUAUUGUUUGUUGUUUAUGUAAUUUUUAUGAAAUGUGGAGUAUUUAAUUUUUUUACCGUGUUUUUGCUCUUCUCACACAUGGCUUGCCAUUUGGUAGUGUUUACCAUAAAUAACGUGUAAUUGUAAUAUGUUUGUAAAUAGUGGAAAAUUUGUUCUAUUUUUAUAUUAAAAAAAAAAAAUUAAAUCAAUAUUAUUGCCAUUGCCAAAGGAACUAUGUGUAUUAAUGCAAUUGUAUAACUUAAGUCACUGAAAAUGUAUAUUGUAAAAUGUACAUUUUAAAUAUCAUCUUAAAGUUUUGACUUGCAAAGUGUGACUUGUGUUUUACGCACUUGUGGUCCAUAUAAAGUGUUAUUUCAUUGAAUUUUAGUUCUGCAAAUUAUGUCAUGAUCCCCACUAAUAAAGUUCUUGUGACUUCUAUGAAGGAACUCACUGCAUAUUCUUUUCUGAAAAAUAAACCAUAAAAAUAAAUGGUAAAACUAC